GGAAGCCUUGAUCCCUCAACAACUUCAGCUACAACAAACUGGACAACAACAUCCCCAGAGUCCACAUCUGAGCCUGUCACAACCACUGGUGCAACAACAACCCAAGAGCCCGCAUCUGAGCCCAUCACAACCACUGCUACGAUGACAGGGGCAACAACAACCCCAGAGUCCACAUCUGAGCCCAUCACAACCACUGUUCCUCUCACCAGUCCAAAUGUCAACCCGUGUGACAGCUAUACCAGUCUGUAUGAUUUUUGGAGAUCCACCAGGAAUUAUAAUAACUUUUAUUAUUACCAUGGAAUUUGUGACUAUAACAUGAACUGGACUGGCUGGUAUAGACUUUUCUAUUAUGGACAGGAUGCUCAGAUCCCUGAGUCAUGUGUAAGUUCAGGCUCAUGUGGGACUUCUCAACCAUUGUGGCUCCAUGGCCAUCACCCACAGCCUGAAGAGGGUGUGGUCACCCGGCAGGUCUGCGGUUCUUCUUAUUGGAAUGGGUGCUGUGGUUACUCCUACUCCAUUCAAGUUAAAGCUUGCCCAGGGGAUUACUAUGUCUAUGAGCUUAUCAGUCCAACCUCAUGUUCUGCGUACUGCACAGAGGUUAGAGAUCUCACUACAUCUGUUCCCCCCACAACCACUGGGGCUGACCAAACAACCACUUUAUCACCUACAACAGAGUUCACUUCAUCCUUCACAACCACCGUUCCAUUCACCAGUCCAUAUGUCGACCCCUGUGACAGCUAUACCACUCUGGACGAUGUUUGGAGAUCCUCCAGCAAUUAUAAUUACUAUUAUAAAUAUAGCUACGGAACGUGUGACUAUAACCUCAAGUGGAAUGGCUGGUAUAGACUUUUCUUAUAUGGACAGGAUGCUCAGAUGCCGGAGUCAUGUGUAAUUUCAGGCUCAUGUGGGACUUCUCAACCAUUGUGGCUCAAUGGCCAUCACCCACAGCCUGAAGAGGGAGUGGUCAACCGGCAGGUCUGCACUUCUAGUUGGUAUGAGUGCUUUUGUUACUCCACCCAUUCCAUACACGUAAAAGCUUGUCCAGGGGAUUAUUUUGUCUACGAGCUUGUCAGUCCGACAUUCUGCUCGGCGUAUUGCACAGAAGUGAGACACGUCACAACAUCUUCACCUACAACAGAGUCAACAACAUCUGUGUCCACAACCAUCGACCCCUGUGCGGAGGUCAAUUGUACUGAUGGAGAAUGGUGUGGAGAGAAAGACGGAAUCUACGGCUGUUUUUGUAGCCAUCCCAAAUCUAAUCCUGACUCUUACGAUUCCUUUGAAAUUUGUGAGAGCAGUUCUGGCAUUUUCUCACUGUCCCGUUGUCAGCUUUUUGAAGAUGGUUAUUCUACAGAAGUCAUGCACCUCCGUGAUCCUUAUUGCAAAGGAACGGUCAGGAAUGGCAGAGUGGAGUUUCGUUUUGAUAACAAUAAUUUGUGUGGUACAAAUCUUGUGGCUAAUGGCACCCACUUCAUCUAUGAGAAUGUUAUUUUGGGGAAUGUGAAAUCAACUCAACUCAGCAGCAGGAUGAGUUAUCUGAAUUUGACUUUUUCCUGUAUAUAUUCUCAAACACAAACCUUUUCCAUGAAUGCAAAAAUCAACCCUCUGGAGAGCUAUUUGCACAAGAUGAUUCCAUCUGGUCAAGGCACAUAUAGGGUCAGGAUGGUUCCAUAUCAAGAUCCGCAGUUCUCUCAACCCUUUAAUGGCAGUGUGAACAUAGAGGUGAACCACCUGGUUUUUGUGGAAGUUAAUGUUGAUGGAAUUGAUGGGCAACAGUUUGCAUUGCUAAUCGACACAUGUUGGGCAACUCCUGUGAAUGACCCUCUUUAUCAUGUCCGAUGGGACCUGAUUAUUGGAGAGUGCCCUAAUUCAAAAGAUGACACAGUUGAUCUGGUGCAGAAUGGUGUGUCCACAUCAAGCAGGUUCUCUUUCAGGAUGUUUACCUUCACUGAAACCUCUGAAACCAUCUUCUUGCAUUGUUCCAUUCACCUCUGCCUUUUGAAGGACAAUGACUGCUCAGCGCACUGUGUGUCUUCUAGAAGACGCAGGUUUGUGGAAUUCUAUGACAGCUCAUCCAUAUCUAUGGGUCCUCUGAAUCCGUCAUUAAAGACAACAGAUACAUGGGUGACAGACCGAGUUGUGAUGUCUAGAGCCUCAGCUGUUUGUGGUUUUUUGAUGGCAUUGUUUAUCUUUGUCUUUAGCAUCCAUAACCUCUUAUAGUACAUUUAAACAACUAUAGAAAACAUACAAUAGAUCUGCUUAAAAUUCUAGACUUUAAAUAUUCCUAAUUGUAAUAGAAAAUCACUUGACAUUGUUCAAUCCCCUUCCCACAUUUCUCUAGUUCUCUUCAUGCUAACUGCUAUGCAUUUUUACAAGUAAAGUUAUAAAUAAUGUAUAUAGUGGUAAUUAAAUAGACACUUAUCAAUCAGAUACAAGUUUAUGUGUGUGUAUUAUUUAUCAGAGCCAAGAGUGAAUUAUGGGCAUCGUGGCCACAGGCCAAGGGGCCCAUGCUCUCUUGGGUCCCAACCAAGGGAUGAAAAUUUCACAUAACAGCGUUUCCGCU